CUGAGUAGGUACGGGGAUACUAUUGAGCAAGGAAAAAGCGAGAGAGAGAGGGUGAGUUAGUAAAUGCAGUUUGCAGUCGAGUGUCAUGGAAUCACACUGGUAGCAGGGAUAAAGAAAACCUUUAACUAACCAUUGAAUUAAGGAGAAAAAGAGAACAGACACUACAGAGAGAAAAGAGAAGAGAGUCUGGUCUUUCAUCCUCUUAUCUGGGCAUCAGACGGAGGAGAGGAGAGGAAUCCAGAGAGAGGGGGAACGGAUGAUAACAGGGUGCUCAUUCCUGUUUAACACCAUACAGCCAGGAACAGACUGCAUCUGCAACAUACGGCCAGCGUCGUCAUUGGGAAUGCUGCGUUACAUUGGGAUGGUGUAAAUGUGCCAGUGUGUGUGUAUCUAUGAGCUGGUAAUAGCAACCCUAUUGGUAUUCUGAGGAGGGGGCUCCAGGAUCUCUCUCUGCUCCUACCCAGGAUGGCAUCACAGAGACGGGAUUGUGCUCGCCUGUGGAGAGGCCACCGGAAUGGGGCUGAAACCUAGUGGAAUGAUGUCUACCUUUCUGAAUCCUUUCCUUGUCAGUCAGGAGUCACAGUUCCCACCAUGGGGAAUAAAGACAAACUGCUAGCAUCCAACACCCCAAUACUGACCACCUCUCUACCCCUGCAGAGUGACCCCCCCCCACAAGGAGCCCAACCACCAGUGCUGCAAUUGUUCCAGUGAGAGAUGUGUACAAUGUACUCUUCUGAUUAUAACCGCAUCCAAUGGGAUUUAAUGAAACCUAGAGGUUUGGGGUGUUGAUGCCAGUGUAACAGCUUGUAGAGGAUCUUGAACUUCGGGGGACGUGUCUCCUUGGAAGGGAAUACUCAACUGUGACUCUCCUCCAGAAAACUACAUGGGAUUGUGGUACAUGGGUGGAUUUAUCGGCUGUACAUCCUGUCUAGAUUAUGGGACUUUACUCUGUUCACUUCAAAGUUCCUCGUCUGUUCCAGACCGGUUCUUCAGCAGAACCAAGUAGUUGACAUUCCCCCCUUGGGAAUCCCGCCUUCUGAUUUGUUUGGGGGCUUAUUUUUUAAAGGAACAAUUUCCCCUUCUCUCCCUUUUUCUGGUCUUCCUCCUUUCCCCCCACCUCUUCAUCCAUUGAGGAGGAAUAUAUUAUGAAACAAGUCCAUUCUUCCUGAUCCUCCCUUGGUGACAGAGAGAAAAGAGGGACAAACUGCCCUGAAUAGAUAACGAGGAAGGAGAGAGAGAGAGAGAGAGAGAGAGAGAGAGAGAGAGAGAAUUAACUGAGAUUUGUCAGAAACCUUCUAGAGACUUCCUGCCUCAGCCUAAUUUAGUCUGUCUGUCUCUUAGAUCCGCUGGAAGCUGAUUGGUUGGUCGGCUGGUUGGUUGCACGAUGGGCAGAGAAAGAGGCAGAAUUCUGACCGGGGGGGUAGCUGAGCACUAGAGGAGGGUAAAAGGUCCCGCUGUACACCCCUGGACCGGAACUGGAUGGCUCAUAAACAGACAGACAGACAGUAAACUGGGAGGCAUUAUAAACAAGCAUUACAAACAGACAGUCGUCAUUGUCAUUCCAGACUGUGUGUGUGAGAGAGAGAGAGAGAGAGAGAGAGAGAAAGAGGGAGAUAGAGGUAGAGAAGAGAGAAGCAGUCAGUCCUGUGUUGGGUUUGGUGUUGCCUGUCUGCCUGACGGGGACUGAGAGCGAGCGACGCAGCAAUUAGAGGAUCUGACUGCAUCCCCCUCAGCCUCAGCCUCCACUGGCAAGACUAGACAGAAACAAACAAACAAACAAACAAGUAGGGGGACUGCUACUAGAAGGGAAGGACAGGUUAGAUAGAGGUAGUGACAGCAAGAGUGAGAGAGAGAGGGAAGGAAAGAGAAAAGUAGACCGUGAAAAGGAGAGGGAUAGAGACCAGGUGUCUGAAAUCCUCUCCCUCUGCUCGUCAUUUUCUCUUCUGUUUCCCCCUCUUCUUCUGGGAGAGGUAUUGGAUUUAGACAGCGGUACUCGGAGCCGUCGAGGCCUUCUGCCGGGGAAGGAAACGAGGGAAGGAGAGAGAGAAAGGGAAGGAGGGGGGCCCUUUUGGAUUGAAACAGACUCAUUUUCAACCCUCGUGUUUUAUUUGACUAAAAGGCUCCUUCCACGUCUAUAGCUCUACUGAGGAGAGGGAGAGAGAUAAACAAAGGGAAGAAGACAGCACAAUACCUUUUCUUUUCCUCCUUCUGUCUUUUACUCUCUACUUUUGUUGAGGGUGUCUGAAGAUUUUUUCUAUCCUCAUUUGUUGCUUUUUCUCUUCACCUCCAAAAGGAGUAUUGUUGCCCAGCUAUCACAGUCCAAGUACCGGAAUAUUCCGUCUUGUCCUCUCUCUCUCAACCCCCCACCCCUACACGGAGACAAUCCGGAACGCUGUGACAGCCCCACAAGUCCCCCCCCCAACAGUGGAUUCCAUCUCCAUGCCUGUCGAGGGCUGUGCUGACUGGCUACCACACACAUAUAUGGUACACCGCUUCUGAUAUCGUCUGACUCAUUCUGUGGCGAGCAGGCAGCCAGCAGACCGUUCUCCAUGAGGAGCAGUAGAAGAUGCCGGCUCUGCCAGCGCUGCUGCUGUCGAUACACUUCUCCUCCUUCCUGCUAGUUACCAUGGCACCACGCUCCGGAAGCCAGGCCGCCCUGCUCUCCUCCGUCCGGAUGGCUGCGAUCCUGGAUGACCAGUCAGUGUGUGGGCGUGGGGAGCGGCUGGCUCUGGCCCUGGCCAGGGAGAACAUCAACAGUGUGAUGGAGGGAGGGGCUAGAGCCCGUGUGGAGGUGGACAUAUUCGAACUGCAGAGGGACUCCCAGUAUGAGACCACUGACACCAUGUGCCAGAUUCUACCUAAAGGAGUGGUGUCUGUGAUAGGCCCUGCCAACAGCCCUGCUUCUGGCUCGACUGUCAGUCAUAUAUGCGGAGAGAAGGAGAUCCCUCAUGUAAAGAUAGGUCCAGAGGAGACUCCCAGGUUGCCCUACCUACGUUUUGCCUCGGUCAGUCUGUACCCUAGCAACGAGGACAUGAGCCUGGCCGUGGCAGCCAUCCUGCGAUCCUUCAGCUACCCCUCAGCCAGCCUGGUCUGCUCCAAGGCCGAGUGCCUUCUGCGAUUGGAGGAGCUAGUGCGGCGCUUCCUGAUCUCCAGGGAGACGCUGUCAAUCAGGAUGCUGGAUGACAGCCUGGAUCCCACCCCUCUGCUGAAGGAGAUACGAGACGACAAGGUGGCCACCAUCAUCAUCGACGCCAACGCCUCCAUCUCCUACCUCAUUCUCAAAAAGGCGUCAGAGUUGGGGAUGACAUCAGCGUUUUACAAGUACAUCCUCACCACCAUGGACUUCCCCCUGCUGAGGCUGGAUGACAUAGUCGAUGACCAGUCCAACAUCAUAGGGUUCUCCAUGUUCAACACCACCCAUCCAUUCUACCUGGAGUUCAUCAGGAGUCUCAACCUGUCCUGGAGGGAGGGCUGUGAUCUCAUCUACCCUGGGCCUGCGUUGUCAUCAGCGUUGAUGUUUGACGCGGUGCACGUCGUGGUGGGGGCGGUGAGGGAGCUCAACAGGAGUCAGGAGAUUGGAGUCAAACCUCUCAGCUGCACCUCUCCUCAGAUUUGGCAACACGGCACCAGCCUCAUGAACUACCUACGCAUGGUGGAGUAUGAUGGUCUGACAGGCCAUGUGGAGUUCAACAGUAAAGGACAGAGGACCAACUACACCCUGAGGAUUCUGGAGAAACACCGCAGGGGUCACAGAGAGAUUGGUAUCUGGUACUCCAACAACACACUGGCUAUGAACGCCACCAGUCUGGACAUCAACAUCUCGGAAACACUGGCCAACAAGACCCUCAUCGUCACCACCAUAUUGGAGAGCCCAUAUGUGAUGCGUAAGGGGAACUACCAGGAGUACCAGAGGAAUGACCAGUAUGAGGGCUUCUGUGUGGACAUGUUAAGAGAGCUGGCAGACAUCUUGAAGUGCUCCUUCAGGAUUAAACUGGUGGAUGAUGGGCUGUAUGGAGCGCCUGAACCCAACGGGUCCUGGACCGGCAUGGUGGGAGAGCUCAUCAACAGGAAAGCAGACUUGGCAGUAGCAGGCUUCACCAUCACGUCUGAGAGGGAGAAAGUCAUAGACUUCUCCAAGCCCUUCAUGACGCUAGGAAUCAGCAUCUUGUACAGAGUCCACCUGGGGAGGAAGCCGGGGUAUUUCUCCUUCCUGGACCCCUUCUCUCCGGCUGUUUGGCUCUUCAUGCUGCUCGCCUACCUGGCUGUCAGCUGUGUGCUCUUCCUGGCUGCAAGGUUAAGUCCCUAUGAGUGGUACAACCCCCACCCAUGUCUGCAGGGGCACAAGGACAUGCUGGAGAACCAGUACACCCUAGGGAACAGCCUGUGGUUCCCUGUAGGAGGCUUCAUGCAGCAGGGCUCUGAGAUCAUGCCCCGUGCCCUGUCCACACGCUGCGUCUCAGGGGUCUGGUGGAUGUUUACUCUGAUCAUCAUCUCCUCCUACACGGCCAACCUGGCAGCCUUCCUGACCGUCCAGAGGAUGGAGGUGCCCAUCGAGUCUCCUGACGACCUGGCCGACCAGACCAACAUCGAGUAUGGCACUAUCCAUGGGGGGAGCACCAUGACUUUCUUCAUGAAUUCGCGCUACCAGACAUACCAGCGCAUGUGGAACUACAUGCACUCCAAGCAGCCCAGUGUGUUUGUGAAGAGCACGGAGGAGGGCAUUGCCCGCGUGGUCAACUCUAAAUAUGCCUUCCUCCUGGAGAGCACCAUGAAUGAGUAUUACCGCAAACUCAACUGUAAUCUCACCCAGAUUGGUGGUCUGCUGGACACCAAGGGCUACGGCAUCGGCAUGCCACUGGGCUCUCCGUUCAGAGAGGAGAUCACUAUGGCCAUCCUGCACCUGCAGGAGAACAACAGGCUGGAGAUCCUGAAGAGGAGGUGGUGGGAGGGAGGACAGUGCCCUAAAGAGGAGGACCACAGAGCCAAGGGUCUGGGCAUGGAGAACAUUGGGGGUAUCUUCGUGGUGUUGAUCUGUGGCCUCAUCAUCGCUGUGUUCGUGGCCAUCAUGGAGUUUGUGUGGUCGACGCGCUGCUCUUCAGAGACAGACGAGGUACGCCCUCACUCCUGCCCUCGCCGACACCACAGACCCACCCCAGUGUCUGUCUGUCAGGAGAUGCUCACAGAGUUCCGAAACGCCGUCUCCUGUAAGAAGAGUUCCCGUUCCCGUCGUCGCCGCCCCCUGGGCAAAUCCGCGGCCCUCCGCCACCCCACCCGCAUCGCCCUGGGGACCCAGCGGCCACUCCGCCUCGUACGGGAGAUGCGCCUCAGCAACGGCAAGCUCUACAGUGGCUCGGGACCCCUGACUGGGGGAGUAGGGGGGCCAGGAGGGGGUGUAGGGGCUGGGGGAGGUCCCUCAGACAUGGGCCCUGGGCCUCAGCGACUCCUGGAGGACCCUCUGGGGGCCAACACCACCCCUCCUCACCCGCCCCAGCCACAGGUCCCCUUGGCGCUCCCUCGCAGCUGCACGCACGUCAGGAUCUGCCAGGAGUGCAGGAGAAUCCAGAGCCUGAGGUCAGGGAUGGGGUCCACAAGGAUCCCCCCCUCAUCUGCACCCCUGCCGCGCCUGCCCCCUCCCCCCUCCUCCUCCAACACAGACAGCGAGGGGGAGGGGGUCCAGCCCCGGCGGCUCCCCCACAGCACCCCUGCACCCUGCCUACCCAUACCACCCCCACAGAGCAGCACCGACACAGACCUUCUGGGGAAGCAGGACUAAGACUGACGAUCUAGGAGGGGCUGGAGGGUAUAUGGGGGCAAGUUAAUGGUGACUUAACUGAUGUUUUGAGCUGCUCAGUGACACUAUUCUCUGACCCUCUGUACAUUGGCCUCCAGGAGGGAACUAUACAGGGAGAAAAGGAGGGAAAAAGAGAGAGAGAGAAUUAGAGGGCUCAAAGACGUUGUGAGACGUGUGAUGAAGCAAUGGAAAGGAUAUAUUUGCACAGAUACCAAAAGACACACCCAUACAGAAGGAGAAAGAAGGAGAGACUUCCUUUGCUCUCCAGCACGCUGCCCAGCUGUGUCUGAUGUUAGCCCAGUCUGGUUCACAGAACCAUGUUUUGCUGUGUUCUGGCUUUGUGAUUUACUUGAAGACGGCUGCUCGGUUCUUAUCUUGACUUACCAGUGGACCAAUCAGGACUGAGCUACACUGGAUAAAGUAGUCAGGUAACUCAUAUAAUUUGAUGCCAGACCAACUGGUUUCUCUGUUGGUCUCUCUCUGUUCUCCCCGCUCUCUCUCUCUCUAUCUUUCCCUUUCCAUGGUACCACAGACUCAUCUAGAGCGUCCAGCUCUUCCUCUCUGGACAGUGACCACUGGAGGAGGAGUCCACAUCGAUCCUGGAGGACCUUUAAUCUAUGUAACAUACAACAACAGAAGACUUUAAAACUGACUCAGAGAAUUAUAUGAUUUUCCAGAUUUUUUUGUUGUUGUCUUUGUCGUUUGGUUAUCAUUGUUCUAAGUGGAAGUUACAGAAAAAUAAAGACUAUAUAUGUGA